GCUGCACAACCAGAGAGACGGAGAGAAAGAGAGAGAGCGGGUGAGGUGGCUUUGCGCGUCGACCACAUUCCUCUUAGACUGCCUUGCCCGCCAGUCGCCAUCAACGAACAGACACUCAAGGCACGCGCAAGACUUUGUGCGCAGAUCGUGUACGUGUUGCAUGGUAGAUGGUAGACCUUUGCAUGCAACCAGAGGUCGCCAGGCAGGAUACAGCAGAGACGGGCUGGCUUGCUUGAAUUGAGCUUACCACGGGCUUCGAGAGCGUCGACAGUCGACAGCAGCGGCCGACGAUGGCUGCCCAAGCGUCGUGCCCCGGCAGAGCAGGGCCAACGCCCGCAACGAGCAACAGCUUCAGGCGGAUGAGACGUGUGCAAUCAUCACCAUCGCGGCGACCUGGGAGUUCGCUGGCUUUCAUGGGACUGCUGUCCUAUUUGGCGUGGCUUGGGAGCAGCGGGGGGGGGGGCGGGGCGAGGGCUUCGUGGAUAGACCCCGACACCCUUCCAGAGCACCGCACGAAAGUCUUCGAAGGAGACGAUAGGCAAUUCGACCUGGUCUUUAGCGAUGAGUUCGACAGAGAGGGCAGGACUUUCAACGACGGGCGCGAUCCUAGAUGGAUGGCCAUGCACAAGAACGACUACACCAACGCCGCGCUUCAGUUCUACAGCCACGAUAUGUGCGAAACCCGGGACGGAGCGUUGGUGAUCACCACCAACAAUACGGAUGUGGAGUUCCAGUACUACGACACCCCCCACAAGAAGUACAAGAGCAUGGCGAAGACCUACGUCAGCGGAAUGUUGCAGUCGUGGGACAAGUUUUGCUUCACGGGGGGGAUCGUGGAGAUCAGGGCCAUCUUGCCCGGCCGGCCGGACAUCGGGGGCUUGUGGCCAGCAAUGUGGCUAAUGGGAAACCUGGCGAGGGCAACGUACACGGCGUCUUCGGACUUCACGUGGCCGUGGAGCUACAACAAGUGCAACAGGACAACUGAUGAGCAAGCCGACUGGCAGAGGCAGCAGGAGGUAUCGGCCUGCGACGCCUCGGUGCACUAUGGGUUCCACCCCAACACCGGACGCGGGGCCCCCGAGAUUGACCUCCUCGAGACCAUGGCAGGGACUGGCCCAGGAUUGCCGUUCAUGUCCACCUCUUUUCAGGUGGCACCGGGAACGUCGAUCGAGGAGCGACCAACGGAGGGAACGGUGCCCCACCCCGGCACUUGGUACGAGGAGGGCAUCCUCUACGGCAAGAACUCUACCCUCAACAAAUGGUUCUACGGUGUGCUUCUCGAGCACGACUUACCCGGAAAAAGCUACUAUGCUGAUGCGGUUUCGAGCAAUCACGUCCUGUCAGAAACGCACUUCGAAGACUUGCACACGUACCGGUUGGACUGGCAGCCGGGUGGAGGCGAUAACAGCUCUAAGGGAUACCUCCGGUGGUAUCUCGAUGACGAGCUCCUUUACGGCAUCACCAGUGACACUUUGGGGAGCUUCCACGGGUCGCAGAUCCCGCUGGAGCCCAUGUACCUUCUCCUCAACACGGCCGUUUCGACGAACUGGGGCUUCCCCGCCUGCCACACGGAAUGCGCUUGCGACUGCUUCGAUGCCCGAGACCCGGCGUGCGCGUGCGCUAUCGCGCCGGGGUUCGACAGCAUGUUCCCGGCGGAGUUCGUGGUCGACAGCGUACGGGUUUACCAGGCACGCAAUGACACCACGCACACCCUCGGCUGCGACACGGAGCAAUACCCCACGAAAGACUUCAUCAAGGCCAACCACUACCGGUACAAGAGCCCCGACGACGACCACGUGAUGCUGUCCGUGCAGAACGGCGGCGGGAAUUGCAGGACAAGCGACGACUGCAACGACAAUGAGUGCCACGAGGGGAAAAGAUGCAGAUGCUCCGACAUGUGGACGGGUCCGCAGUGCCUAGCGGCGACGGCGAGCUACGACUACUACUACGAUGCCCACGCCCACGACAUGUGGCCCAUGCAGCCCCCACUGGUGCCACCUACCUUGUCGCGGUUGUUGGCGGUGCUAGCCGCCACGUUUGCGGUGACGCUGUACAUGCGAUACAACCACCGGCAGAAACGAAGACUGUACGUAAGCUUGGACAACGUCGGUGUAACUGUACCAACCCCAAGCCUAUCCUCACAAUGAAUCCCAAAGGGGGACGGUUAGUGGCAGGAGAGGUUGGGGGUGAUGUCACGCGUCCCUAGUAGUGUUGGUGAGUUUGUUCUGUUUCUGUCGUUAGCGUGGACAUGUUGGCAGUCUUGACCCCUUUCAUUUGGAAGUGGUCCAACGCCUGUCGAAUGUUUGUGUGCAGGUUAUGAAGUGUGUCCUCGAGAGCGUAAAGGGGGCGAUAAACAGUCGUGUCGAUGUAGGUUUGAGUACAGGUAGAGUUGGUGAGAGCAGGGCAGGAGAGAUGCGGCAAGGCAGCAGCAGAGCGUGUAGUUUUUUUGUCGAUGCGGCAACACAGCAGCAGGGAUUGGACCUUUCUCGUUGUCGAAGGGGGGGGUCUCCCCACAUGUACCGUAUUCAUCGGUUGUUCCUCACGUCUCACUAUUGCACAAGUCGCCGUGUGACUUUCCUCAACAAUGCGCUUCAUGGCAAAACCCUUCGUAGAAUAUUCUGUGGCGUCAAAGGUGGUGCAUACUGUGCCCUGCUGGAGGCACACGCCUUUCGUCUGUGACAGUGGUACCUGCUUGUUUGACAGUUUUUUUUGUAAGCCUUUGAACUUGGACAAUGCUUACUGGAAGGCACUCUUUGUUGCUGUCGAAGUGUCGCGCGGGUUUGUUGCGGAUACUUGAAGCCGUAGCUGUCUUGCGAUUGAUUUGUCCCGUCGCUCGGCGACAUUUAGGAUAAGUUGGCAUUUGGUGUUGCACACGUCAAAGAUGGGUUGUUUUUGUCGUGAGUCGUUCUGAGUCCCAGGGAAGCGGAUCACCGUUGAGUCCCGCGACAUGUUUACGUCAGUCGUUGUUGGUGUCUUAUCUUAGUGAAGAUCUUCAUCUUGCUUGUGGCCUUUUCCCCUGUUGCUCCAUUGUUUUCUUCCGAUCGAUGAAGCGCCUCCUUAUAGUCUUCACCGCUAAGAGUCAAGCGCCGUCCCAUUCCGCAUCGUUAU